CGCUCUCGCUUCUAUGGCAACCCGAUAGAUCAGCAUCACCAUAUUCACGGGAUCAGAGCGACUCGGGACGGCGGAAGGCGGAGAUGUCAGCGGUGGAUUUGGGUUACUGGAUCGCGGGCGUUUGCUUGUGAUUGACAGCUGACAGGGAUCCUGAGGGUCCGUGACCUCCGCGUCCGCGUCCCCCCUCACACGUGACGAUUCCUCAGACUUUACGUGCUCGCAGAGCAACACAGUCAGUGCCUUGAAGCUGGAGACCAGUGGAUCUGGUGAAUUUGGGCAGCCUAAUGCUCCGUGGCAUGUGCUUGAGCGAAAGACAGGUGACCCUUCAGACUAUUCGGGUUCUGGUGGCAAUAAUUACACCUGUAUACUGGAUUCAUUUGUCAUUGAAUUGAUCGCGCGCCCGUUUCAAUGUCAUAAUGGACAGGUUGCAUUCGUCCAUGCGUAAAAGGCUCUACAGUUUGCCACAGCACAUCGGACAGAAAGCGUCCAUCAUGGGUGAUGCAGAAGACACCGACAAGGACACCCGGAGGAAGAGCAUCCGGAUGAAGCCCCUGCCGUCGCCGACCUCCGGCAAAGCCCUCGGGGAGACCAAAAGCGGAGAGUCCGUGAUCAUGGAGACGGACAUCGGGAGACCCGUGAAGACCAGCUCCAACGGGGACUGCCGGAGGUUCCGAGGCAGCCUUUCGUCCAUCACCAGUCGGCACGUCCACGACUCGGAUGUAGCGGAGGAGAGGCGUCUGAUCACGGAGGGAGAAGUCACCCCGAGCGAGGAGAGCCCUCCUGGAGCCGCGGAGCCCGGAGCGCAAGGCGGCGAGGAUGCCGCCGGUGCGAGCCAGCAGCAUCAGGGACUCCCGGAUCAGCAGCAGCCUGGCUUUAUAAAGCUGGAAGGCAUCGAGCAGAUCCUCCCGGACGACGAGAGGUAUUAUCAAGCGGGCUUCAUGCACAGGCAGUUCGGGGCGAUGCUGCAGCCCGGGGUCAACAAGUUCUCCCUGAGGAUGUUUGGGAGCGAGAAGGCGGUGGAACGGGAGCAGGAACGGGUCAAAUCCGCGGGAUUCUGGAUUAUUCACCCCUACAGUGAUUUCAGGUUUUACUGGGAUCUCACCAUGCUGCUCCUGAUGGUGGGAAAUCUAAUCAUCAUUCCCGUGGGCAUCACCUUCUUCAAAGACGAGCACACGCCGCCGUGGAUCGUCUUCAACGUGGUUUCCGACACCUUCUUCCUCAUGGACCUGGUGCUGAACUUCCGCACGGGAAUCGUGAAGGAGGACAACGCGGAGAUCAUUCUGGACCCUCAGCAGAUCAAGAUCAAAUAUCUGCGCUCCUGGUUCGUGGUGGACUUCAUCUCCUCCAUCCCCGUGGACUACAUCUUCCUCAUUGUGGAGACACGCAUCGAUUCGGAUUUCUACAAGACGGCGCGCGCUCUGCGGAUCGUACGCUUCACGAAGAUCCUCAGUCUGCUGCGGCUGCUGCGGCUCUCGCGGCUCAUACGCUACAUUCACCAGUGGGAGGAGAUUUUUCAUAUGACCUAUGACCUGGCCAGCGCAAUGGUGCGAAUCGUCAACUUGAUUGGAAUGAUGCUGUUGCUCUGUCACUGGGACGGCUGCCUGCAGUUCCUGGUGCCCAUGCUGCAAGACUUCCCUGCCGACUGCUGGGUGUCCAAGAACAAGAUGGUGAACGACACGUGGGGUCAGCAGUAUUCUUACGCUCUCUUCAAGGCCAUGAGCCACAUGCUGUGUAUUGGAUAUGGCAUGUACCCACCCGUUGGCAUGACAGACGUGUGGCUGACCAUCCUCAGCAUGAUCGUGGGUGCGACGUGCUACGCCAUGUUUGUUGGCCACGCCACGGCGCUGAUCCAGUCGCUGGACUCUUCGCGCAGGCAAUAUCAGGAAAAGUACAAGCAGGUGGAGCAGUACAUGUCGUUCCAUAAGCUGCCCGCGGACAUGAGACAGCGGAUCCACGAUUACUAUGAGCACAGAUACCAGGGGAAGAUGUUUGAUGAAGAGAGCAUUCUGGGAGAACUGAAUGAGCCACUGAGAGAGGAGAUCAUAAACUUCAACUGUCGAAAGCUGGUGGCGUCUAUGCCGCUGUUCGCCAACGCAGAUCCGAAUUUCGUGACGUCGAUGCUCACCAAACUUCGCUUCGAGGUCUUCCAGCCGGGAGAUUACAUCAUACGAGAAGGAACCAUCGGGAAGAAGAUGUACUUCAUCCAGCAUGGCGUCGUGAGCGUCCUCACCAAAGGGAACAAGGAGACCAAGCUGUCGGACGGAUCGUACUUUGGAGAGAUUUGUCUGCUGACCCGGGGCCGACGCACCGCCAGCGUCCGGGCGGACACAUACUGCCGUCUGUACUCGCUGUCUGUGGACAACUUCAAUGAGGUCCUGGAGGAGUAUCCGAUGAUGAGGAGAGCGUUCGAGACCGUCGCUCUGGACCGCCUGGACCGCAUCGGGAAGAAGAACUCUAUUCUCCAGCACAAGGUCCAACAUGACUUGAGUUCAGGGGUUUUGAACUACCAGGAAAAUGAGAUCAUCCAGCAGAUCGUGCAGCACGACCGGGACAUGGCUCACUGCGCCAACCUGAUGCAGAGUCCGUCGCCGCCUGCUCCUCCGUCCCCUACUCCUGUGAUCUGGGCUCCCCUGAUCCAAGCGCCUCUACAAGCUGCUGCUGCCACCACGUCGGUCGCCAUUGCACUAACCCACCACCCUCAUCUACCCGCCACUCUCUUCCGACCUCCCGUUCCCAUUCUCGGAUCGAGAAACGAGCCGCCCAGCCGGGUGAAGAGGUUUCAGACAGUUGCACCAAAAUCAGCUGGCGACUCUCCAUCCGGUUCCCCCUCAAAGCUACGUCCGGGAAUCGAUACGCCUCUUCUUGCAUCCUUCCGAGCGCAGCACUUGACCGGCUCCACUGGAUCCAGCGAUACUCGCCAACAAGCAUCGGCAUUCCCAUUUGGGAGCUUCUCCUCUUCAUCGGCGUCGCUGACUUCUAGCACUGCACAACUCCAUUCACAGCCGAGGCAAAAGCAGGCCGUUGCUCCCGGUACACCUCCGCUGUCAGGAUGCCUCCAAACAGGGGGAUUUCCAACUGGGAUCUUGGCUACAGCCUCAUCGAAUACUAGUCCUCUUUCCACAGGCUUGUACAGUCACACCCCCAGUCAGCAACCUCCACCAAAACCCUCUCAAACAGGCUCCCUGCAGUUUGCUGCUGGAGGGGGGAAGACUUCCACUGGGUUGAACCUCUUCCACACUCCCCCACCCGGAUCACCUUCUUCCAGCCGUUCCCAAGCCCCCGAGAGUUCCACGUCAUCCCAGAUCCCUCCCGCUUUAUCUACUUACCUUCCUUUAGAAAGGUCAGCGCUGGCCUCGCUUGCUCAGUACGGCUCAGCGAACGCCUCGCCCUGCUACACCCCUUUAGCCCCCAGCCCGACCAUCCAGAGCCCCGUCACGGGGAGAACUUUCCACUACAGUGACCCUUCCAGUGCCGCUGGCUCCCACACAUCCCUGCUCCUCCCGCAGUCCUCCUGCCCUGGCCAACUCCCGGGUCACCACUUCUCCGGCACAGACUCUCCACUGGGCCGCUUUUACGAGGAUUUAAACAUACUGUCCAGCUCCCACCCGUCACUUGUCGUAGAGGGAGCGGCUCAGUCUUCCCCUCAGGAGCCCGGUUACUGCCUCUCCCCGUUUUCAUCGCCGACGCUAACGCCCAAACCGUGUAGCUCGGUAUCAGGGCACAUAGCUGCCCCCGUUCAGACUUCUCCAGGCUCUCGAAGCCAAGCUCACUCUAUAGGGACGUCACCUGCACUUUCUCUCCCGCGUGCCUCCGACGGCCACCCGUCCGAACUAGAACCGCUCCGUUCGAAACUCCCUUCCAAUUUGUGAGGCUAAAUCACACCCUCCUAACUCAGUAAUAGUGAUCUUCCUCUGUGUGACCUUUUCUUUGGUUAUCUCUGUAUUGGCACUGUGUUUUAAUCAUUUAAAAUA